UCCCCGCGCUGCUCUCCGCCCGUCAGCAUGAAGGUCGAGUUUGCCCCCAUCAACAUCCCCCUAAAGAGGAGGAUCCAGACAGUCGCCGUGCUCCAGUGGAUCUUCUCCUUCCUCCUGCUGGGACAGUUUUGCUGUGGAUUCUUUGUGAUCCUGAUCCUGGGCAACUUCUGGUUCCUUGCUGUUCUGUAUCUGCUGUGGCUCUACCUCGACUGGGAAACACCAUGUGCUGGAGGCAGACGGUCCCAAUGGGUCAGAAGCUGGACUGUUUGGAAGUACUUUAGGGAAUACUUUCCCAUUCAUCUUAUAAAAACUUCAGAUCUGAACCCAAAUCACAACUACUUACUUGGCUUUCACCCUCAUGGGGUCCUGGUAGCUGGAGCCUUCGGAAACUUUUGCACCGGUACAAGUUUCAAAAAUUUAUUUCCUGGGCUUACUCCAUAUCUUCAUAUCAUGCCCAUCUGGUUUGGCUGUCCCUUCUUCAGAGAAUACGUAAUGAGUGCUGGAAUGGUUUCUGCAUCCAAGGAGAGUGUCUCGUAUGUGCUGAAUAACGAAGGAGGUGGCCAUGCGUCCGUCAUUGUGAUCGGAGGAGCAGAGGAGUCUCUGAAUGCACAUCCUGGAAGUCUAACACUGAACAUCCUCAAGAGGAAGGGCUUUAUUAAAAUGGCCCUGAAACAUGGAGCUCAUCUGGUUCCGGUGUUUUCCUUUGGGGAAAAUGAACUAUUCAAACAAGUUGCAAACCCCAAAGGCUCGUGGCUCAGAAACAUACAGGAGAAGCUGCAAAAGAUAAUGGGCUUUGCUUUACCCCUGUUUCAUGCUAGAGGAGUAUUUCAAUACAGUUUUGGCAUAAUACCUUACAGGCAACCUAUUCAUACUGUUGUGGGAAGCCCCAUCCCUGUGAAACGGAACUUGAACCCCACCACUGAAGAGAUUGAUGAGCUACAUGCAUUGUAUCUACAGAAACUAAGGCAAUUGUUUGAAGAACACAAAAGAAAUUAUGGGAUCCCUGAGCAUAAAUCUCUCAUCUUCGAAUAGCAAAUUACAAUUUGAAAUUCCAAAUCUCAUGGAAAGAAACAGUAUCUGCUGAAAGAUAUCUUUGUUACAAUCCAUAUUUUGCAAUCUGUAAUUAUCCUUAUGCAAGGAAUACUUUUAAGAAGGGAUUAUUAGAUGAUUUUUUGAUUUUUAUCUUAUCCUUGGGGGGGGGGAAAUCUUUGGGAUAUAAGCCUCGAAGCCAGUGCUGUUUUGAGUUGUCCUUUUAGGUUUAUCUAUACCAGAAAUGCAAGUGAGACAUCUCACACAGAUCUUCUUACCACCAUGGUACCUACCCAUAGCUUGAGCACAGGAAAUUGCCCCAGCAUGAGAUCAUGAGCAGGAAAACUAUAAACCCAAGAAGUCUUUGAUUAGAAGUUAAGAGACUUUCCAGCAUUUAUCAAAUGUGGCAUCAGGUUGUUCUCUGAAUCCCAGAAACCCCUGCUGCUCUUCCACAGAAACGAAGGUGUGUGUUUUCAGCAGAUGGGUAUUGUAAACCAUUUACAUGAGAAUUCAAGAAUAAAUAGGAGCUUUCAGCCCUGAAUGGGAUAUUGGCAAAGGUGGUUUGUCCGAGUUAGGAAGCAAAGCAAACCUUCUGUUUGGAGGAGAACAGUGUGUUGAGCUUUUGUGUGCGUGUGUGUGCUGAGUGGUGGGAAGCACUGAAUGAUGUGACUUUUCGGGACAAUCUGUGUUUUGAAUCAUCUGUUUGAUAGCUCCAGCUUCAGAGGAGAUGGCAGGCACAGGACAGGAGAAGUGAGGGAAUCAUGUGAACUUUACGCCUUGUGCAAAGUAAAAAUGAUCUUAUGUCAAGUGCUUGCACAGAAGGAAGGGGAGCCCCGUUUGCUCAGUCUAGUUCUGAAUCUUC